GCUUCGUACGCCAUGUGCUGGAUUUUGCUGUUGGGGUGCCUCUGUUCGUGGCACCACCAUGCGACUGCACAAUUUCUGGAGCCCAACUGCGGAUUUCUGUCGCCGAAGGCACUCCAAAACGAGAAGCAUCAGGCGCACAUAUCGGAGAGUCCUUGGAUGGCUUACUUGCACCGCUCUGGCGAAUUAGUAUGUGGCGGAACUCUCAUAAACCAUCGGUUCAUCCUGACAGCCGCACACUGCAUAAGCGAGGUGGACAGCUUGACUGUGCGACUGGGCGAGUACAACAGCCUAACUAGUGUUGACUGCGACGGCUCCGAUUGCAAUCCACCUUCGGAAGAUUUUCAAGUAGAGCUGUCCUUCAGGCAUCGGGGCUACUCCAAAAUCAAUAGGAUCCACGACAUUGGCCUUCUCCGACUGGCCAAGUCGGUGCGCUAUAAAGUUCACAUCAAGCCGAUAUGCCUGAUUACAAAUACUACGCUUCAGGCGCAGAUUGGAAGGCUCCACAGGCUGGUCGUCACUGGCUGGGGCCGCAGCGCAGCUCAAUAUACGAACCACAUCGUCAAGUCCAUUCGGGUAACCAGAGAGCCUUGGAGUGUGUGCAGCAAAACAUACUUGAAGACCCGCCCCUGGACUCAGAUCUGCGUGAGCCACCAAUCCGGAGAGGCGUGCAGUGGCGACUCCGGAGGACCCAUGGGCCACGCGGUUCGCCACAACGGCCGAGUGGUCUUCGUGCAGGUCGGAAUUGUCAGCUAUGGCAACUCAAAGUGCCUCAGCCCCAGUGUAUUCACACAUGUGAUGCCAUAUAUCAAUUGGAUCGUGUGGGCCGUUGAGCACUACUAACUUUUGAGGAAUGUACUCUAUACCCAAGCUCAAAUAUCAACAUAUUUUUCAGCAAAGA